CUCAACGAGAAAGUCAAGUCUCUUUUCCUUCAAGACUUGGAAAGAUUUCUCUCCAACAAGAAGUUUUAUAUGGAAAAUCAAUUGAGCUACAAGAGAGGAUAUUGUCUUUAUGGAAAACCAGGUUCUGGUAAGACAUCUUUGGUUCUGGCUACAGCUGCACACAUCAAGUGUCCAGUUUAUAUUUUGAAUCUCAAUCAAUCAGAAAUGAACGAUACAGCAUUAAUAGAUGCCUUUUCUUCAAUACCCUCUCGAAGUAUCAUUACUUUGGAAGAUGUAGAUUCUGCAUUUAAUGAAAAUAGAAAAGCAACAGGAGAAGUACGUAAUGGACUUUCAUUUUCAGGACUUCUCAAUGCCUUGGAUGGUGUUUGUUCUUAUUCUGAAACUCCAAAGCUUGUUUUCAUGACUACUAAUCACAUUGAACGAUUAGAUGCUGCCCUAAUUCGUCCUGGAAGAGUUGACUAUAAGGUAAAAUUUGACAAUGCCACACCAGAUCAAAUUCAACAAAUCUCUUUCAAGUUUUUCAAAAAUCAAGAA